UCUGGUCGCCGUCGCCGUGAGGAAACUGCAGCUCGUCUUGACUUCAGUGUCACACCGUUGUAUAGUAGGUGAAUCGUCGCGGAGGUUUCUCUGCCUGGAGCCGGAGAGGUCAAAAGAACCCGGACACAAAGUCUGUCACCCUGAGCAGGGGAAGGGAAGUCAUGUUCAGACUCUUGAGUCAUCAAGGUAAGAAGCGUCCGAGCUGCCUCGUGGGUCAGUGGCGUUAUGAACACCACGGGACGGUCAUGGCCAUCCGCCGCGAGGACGUCAACCCGUGGGAGAGGAGGGCGCCGCUGGCUCCACGGCACGUCAAAGAGCUCACCAACGCCGGAGUGAAGGUCCUGGUCCAGCCGUCCAACCGCAGAGCCAUCCACGAGAAGUUCUACAUGAAGGCCGGGGCUGUUAUUCAGGAGGACAUUUCUAUGGCGUCGCUGAUACUGGGGGUGAAGAGGCCGCCGGAGGAGAAGGUCAUUCCCAGGAAGACUUACGCUUUUUUCUCUCACACCAUCAAAGCUCAGGAGGCAAACAUGGGGCUCCUGGAGGACCUGCUGAAGAAGGAGGUCCGUCUGAUAGACUACGAGAAGAUGGUUGAUCCCAACGGUUUCCGGAUUGUAGCUUUUGGCCAAUGGGCUGGUGUUGCAGGAAUGAUUAACAUUCUGCACGGACUGGGGCUUCGGUUCUUGGCACUGGGUCAUCACACUCCCUUCAUGCACAUCGGUAUGGCUCACAACUACAGGAAUGUCAGUCAGGCCAUCCAGGCAGUGAGGGAUUGUGGGUAUGAGAUUUCCAUAGGGCUCAUGCCCAAAUCCAUCGGCCCAGUCACAUUCUGCUUCACCGGAACUGGAAAUGUUUCUAAGGGAGCACAAGAUAUGAUAAAUGAGCUUCCUGUUGAGUAUGUUGAGCCUCAUGAGUUGAAGGAUGUUUCUGAAACAGGAGAUAUGACGAAGGUUUAUGCCACUGUCCUGAGCCGACACCACCACCUGGUGAGGAAGAGUGAUGGCAUCUACGACCCCUUGGAGUACGAGUACCAUCCGGAACUGUACACCUCACAUUUCAGGACCAGUGUGGCGCCCUACACAUCCUGUCUGAUUAACUGUAUUUACUGGGAUCCCCACACCCCCCGACUGCUUAGAAGACUGGAUGCUCAGAGGCUCAUGAGGCCUCAAAACACCUCCUCUGCAAACAAAGAGGGAUCACCAGCAUUACCUCACAAGCUGCUGGCCAUCUGCGACAUAUCUGCCGACACCGGAGGCUCCAUCGACUUCAUGAACGUGUGUACCACCAUUGAUAAGCCUUUCUGCAUGUAUGAUGCGGACCAGCACAUAGAUCAUGACAGCGUGGAGGGAAACGGAAUUCUAAUGUGCUCCAUCGACAACCUUCCAGCUCAGCUGCCCAUCGAAGCAACAGAGUACUUUGGAGACAGACUAUUCCCUUACAUCUGGGAGAUGCUGGCCUCAGACGCUUCCAGACCGUUGGAAGAAGAGGACUACAGCCCCCAAGUCAGAGACGCCAUCAUCACCUCUAACGGAGUACUCACCCCAAAGUUUGAGUACAUUGAAAAACUUCGAGAAAGAAGGGAGAAAGCUCAGAUCAUGAAGAAGGCUGGGAUGAAGCGAGUCCUGCUGCUUGGUUCGGGAUACGUCUCCGGCCCCGUCGUGGAAUAUUUAACUCGUGACGCAAAGACCCAGGUCACUGUCGCGUCAGCGCUGCUGCGGCAGGCAGAGGAGCUGGCGGCCAAAUACCCCAACACCAUCUCCAUCAUGUUGGACGUCAGUAGCCAGGAGGCACACUUGGAGUCUCUGGUCAAAGACCACGACCUGGUCAUCAGCAUGUUGCCGUACUCGUUCCACCCGCUCAUUGCCAAACACUGCAUCAAGAGUAAGGUGAACAUGGUGACAGCCAGCUACUUGAGUCCUGCGAUGAAGGAGCUGCAGAGCAGUGUGGAGGCUGCAGGCAUCACCAUCGUGAACGAGAUGGGACUGGAUCCGGGCAUCGAUCACAUGCUCGCCAUGGAGUGCAUCGACCGGGCCAAAGCUGACGGCUGCACCGUGGAAUCAUACAGCUCAUUCUGUGGUGGACUUCCUGCUCCUGAGUGUUCAGACAAUCCUCUUCGCUACAAGUUUAGUUGGAGUCCGUACGGCGUCCUCCUCAACACCAUCAGUCCUGCCGUUUUCCUCAAAGAAAGCCAGGUGGUGAGCGUCCCGGCUGGUGGAUCUCUGAUGGAUUCAGCCUCGCCCAUGGAUUUCCUACCAGGUUUCAACCUAGAGGGAUUUCCAAACCGUGACAGCACCAAGUACGCCGAGCCGUACGGCAUCCAGACAGCCCACACUCUGGUCAGAGGAACGCUGCGCUUCAAGGGCUUCUCCAAGACCAUGAGUGGUUUUGUUAAACUUGGUCUGAUCAACGCCGACCCCAGUCCUUUCCUGCAGCAAACCUCACCAGUCUCCUGGAAAGAACUUCUCUGUCAGCAGAUGGGCUUGUCGUCUGAUCUCUCUCAGGAGGAGUUUGAAGAGGCGGUGUACAAGCGCGUUGGAGAGGACCACUUCAUCAUGGACACGCUAAGAUGGUUUGAGAUGCUUGGCGAUGCCGCAGUGCCUCACGCUGACAGCAUUCUGGCUGUGCUUGCAAAACAUCUAGAAGUCAAACUUUCCUUUGACAAGGGAGAGCGGGACAUGAUCAUCAUGAGAAACGAUGUGGGGAUUCGACAUCCGACGGGUGAGCUGGAGACCAAACACAUCAGCCUGGUGGUUUACGGGGAACCCAACGGUUUCUCUGCCAUGGCCAAGACGGUUGGAUAUCCAGCAGCCAUCGCUGCUCGCAUGGUUCUUGACGGUGAGAUCAAUGAGAGAGGUCUCGUGGUUCCAAUGAAGAAGGAGGUUUACGGCCCUGCUCUGGCCCGUCUGCAGAACGAGGGACUGCACAUCGUGUCCAAGAGCACCGUGCACGAGUGAAGCCUUAAACCAUGUCCAAACACUCGGUGUGGUUAAAUCCUUUUAUUAACUUUAUCCAAAAGCACUCAAGCUUUCCUCUGUUAGUCUGGGUUUGAUUUUUUUUUUCUUCUCUCUCUCUCUCUCUGUCUCUCUAUUUAUUUGCCAGUCUGAAAACGUACAUAGUUCUGUGAUACAUUUGUACAAAUGUGAAAGUGUUAACGGUUGUACAGGGAGGAGGGCAAAUUUGUUUUAUUGUGUAAACAUUGAGUGUGAAGUUAGUUUUACAUCAGAAGUCAAAUGAACUGCUAAUGGUUUGGUCUGUUUUUUCUAAACUGCAACUGAGCUACAAUCAUCAAUGAUGUUGAAUGUUUCAGAGAUAUUUAAAAGUCAAUGGAUCAAACACAUGAGAAAAAUCAAAGCAUUAAAAAAAAAUACAUACAGCUUUUCAUGAAACGGAUUAAAACUACUGUAGAAACCCUGCAAGAUGGGGUUAUGAGACUGAAUUUCCUGAAUGUUACACAGUUGGUUUUGACACAAAGCUCUUGGCGUUCUGCCCUCCCAGAAGUGUUGGGUGGAGAAUUGGAGCGAUGCUGCAAAAUCAGAGCCAUAUGUAUCAGAUUGUCUGCAAACGCCUCACCGUCGGAAAGGCCGUCAGGACUCGCAAACGUAUGACUGAAGUGGUGGAACGUGGACUUUAAUACGCUCGUCCUCCGAGUGUGGACCCGUGCCAUUACCAGCUAUCACCGUCCUAGUUUGUCAGCAUUAACUGAUGAAUAAAUGAUUGUUGUCGCACCUUAUUCAUUUCUAAAAGGUCAGGUUUCAUCUGGAACAAAGCUGCAUACUUUUUUUUUUUAUCACUUACGUUUGUUUUAAGGGAAGACGCUAUGAUUGUUUUCUGCUUGAUUAAACAUUGAUUUUAACUCCAUGCAGACUGCUGAUGUUAGUUUUACAGCAGGUAAAUGGCAUAAUAUUAUAUGGCAACUCUGAAUAAUCUAAGCCAUACAGAAGUGUUAUCUGAACUACACAUCAUUCAUUUAUGAGCUCAGUUUAAUGAAUGAAACAAGACUGAGUUGAGCUGAGAUUGAGAUGGUUAUUAGUCUGCAAGUGAAUCAGCUUUUAGUUUAUUUUUGCGCCUGAUUAAGGUGAUGCCUUAAACGGUUAAAGGAUAUGUUCUCAUGAGAUGUAUAUUUCUACACUAAUAUGUCAGUUUGUAUUCCCGGUCCAUGUACAUCUGAGCCUGUUUAACAGUUUUAAAUGCAUCAUUUGAAACCUUACGUCACAUCUAUACGAACAUAUGAACAUCCAACAUGACUCCAUUUUUAUUUUUCUCUCUAUGAGCUGAUGUUCAUAAUAAAAAAUCCUCAAUCAUCUGUCAGAGUUUUGACAGUGUAUUUCUGAUUUUUAAAAUGUAACGAUAUUAAUAAAUAUUUUUUUUGUGUUAAAUCCCCUGU